CGCGGACAGACAGUUUUGAUGUUUGAUACGAGAAAAUGGCGUCUGUGAGCUUGGUGGUGGUAUUACGUGCAGUGAUAUAAACAUUGGAAUAUAUUAACAAUUUUUAAAUAUGUUCGUCUAAUUUAUUUUUUAAAAUAAGGAUUACGGUGUAUGUGUUGUGAAAAUGACUGCCAAUAUGUAUCGUGUUGGAGAUUACGUCUAUUUUGAGACGUCAUCGACAUCUCCUUACCAGAUCCGUCGUAUCGAGGAAUUAAAUAAAACGGCUUCUGGAAAUGUGGAAGCUAAAGUGAUGUGUUUUUAUAGGCGAAGAGAUUUGCCUAGCCAGCUGAUUCAGUUAGCAGACAAACACCAAUGUGCCUUAGACGAAUCGGGAGAAAGCCCCAUCCCAGAAAUGGGAGGACGAGCUAAUGAGGCGCUCAGCCCCAAGCAAAGACAUCAGAUGAAACAUCGGGAACUGUUUCUAUCGCGUCAAGUAGAAACCUUACCCGCGACCCAUAUUCGUGGAAAAUGUUCUGUCACCCUCUUCAACGAAACCGAAGCUCUAGCUUCAUACCUAAACAAAGACGAUAUGUUUUUUUACUGCCUAGUGUUCGAUCCCACACAAAAAACUCUACUCGCCGAUAAAGGUGAAAUUCGCGUCGGAUCUCGGUACCAGUGCGACGUUCCUCUGAUGCUAAAAGACCCUGACGAAGAAGAGCGGAAUUUAAACGACUUGGAAUCGAUAAUUUGGACUCCGGAACAUAAUCUUAGUGAUAGACAAAUAGAUCAGUUUUUAGUGGUGUCUAGGUCGGUAGGUACAUUUGCUAGGGCUUUGGAUUGUAGUUCGAGUGUGAAACAACCCUCGUUGCACAUGUCUGCCGCCGCGGCCAGUCGCGAUAUAACCUUAUUUCACGCUAUGGAUACGCUGCAUCGGCACGGUUACAAUUUGUCUAGUGCUUUGUGUUCGUUAGUGCCAUCUAGCGGGCCAGUAUUGUGUCGAGAUGAGAUGGAAGAGUGGAGCGCUUCAGAAGCAAACCUUUUCGAAGAGGCCCUGGAUAAAUACGGCAAGGAUUUCAACGACAUACGCCAAGACUUUCUUCCAUGGAAAACACUAAAGAACAUAAUAGAGUAUUACUACAUGUGGAAAACGACGGAUAGAUACGUACAACAGAAGAGAGUUAAAGCUGUAGAAGCGGAAUCAAAACUAAAACAAGUCUACAUUCCUAACUAUAAUAAACCAAAUCCUGCUGCUUUAAAUAAUAACAAAGGUGUCGUUAAUGGUAACAAUGGCAGCUCAGAUCCAGCCGUUUCGUUAGGUGGUAAAGCUUGCGAGUCCUGUAAUGUGACUGUCUCUAACCAGUGGUAUGCCUGGGGUCCAUCGCACAUGCAAUGCCGUUUAUGUCAAGUUUGUUGGCACUACUGGAAAAAAUAUGGAGGCCUAAAAAUACCGACUAGAUUUGCCGACGGGGAUUUCGAAAAUGGUGGAAAAAAGAAAUCUGGUAGUGAUAUAGAUGAAGAAAGGAUUCCUGGCAUGUCUCAUAGGCCUCAUCGUUGUAAUAUAGGUGGUUGUGGUAAAGAAUUUAAGUUAAAGGCUCACUUAGGACGACAUUACGCUACUGCUCACGGACUCAUGAUCCGGUCCGGCUCUCCUAGACCAAUCAUGAAAACACGAACAGCGUUUUAUCUGUUCACAACGCCAAUAACUAGAAUUUCAAGAAGGCUGUGCCGACACAUAAUGAGGCCGAGGCACGCAGCUAGGGCGCCUUUCUUUGCCAUAAAUAUACAAGCUGUUAAACAAGAAUGCGGCCUUCAGAUGGAAGGGAAAUCGAUACCUGAGCUCAAGCAGUUGCUUAUAUAUAAAAAGAAAAAUAGAGGUAGUGUGACAGCGAUAGCUACAAGACUCGGAAGACCUGGACCAGUAACAGCCCAGUGGUUAAUAUUGACGCCAAAGGAACUGCUGCCUCAGCCAGAACGCGUAGCUUUUCCAAAACCUCCUAAAGCCCCAGAUGGCAGUCUUAUGUAUGAGAGAGUUCCUAAUAAACCGGAGGCAGAAAAGAUACCUUUAAACAAUAUGUCUCCUUCGUUAAAGAGGAGAGCUUAUGAAGAGAUGAAUGGAAUGGAUAGUGCUCUGAGUGCUCCUCCAACGAAGAGACUAACAAAGGAACCCAUGCAAAUAACGCGACCUGAACAAUUUCAAGCUCUUAUGGCUGCACAAAUGAUGCCCUCACAAACGUUACCACGUCACAUCGCCCAAAUUAAUGGUAAACCGAAAAUCGCACAUAUGACUAGGACAGGAUCCGGUAGAAAACAGGUCAUUAGCUGGAUGGACGCACCUGAUGAUGUUUACUUUAGGGCGACUGAAGCUAACAAAAAAAUUAGAAGGCAAGUUACAUUAUCAGAACUACGAAGAGGAGCUAGGAAACCAUGGAGGCAGUUGAGAACCAAAAUGGAUGAUCUACAAGUAGUUGUGCUGGAUUGACAUUGAAUCCAGAUAUUUAAUUUGUAAAUUAAAAUUAACUUCGCCAAGUGCUCAUUGUGCCGAGGCACAGAUUUUAAGCGAACAUUACUAGGAACAUAAUUCAGAAAAAUAAGAUUCAGGGAUUUUUCUGGAAGAUGUUAUAAACCAGCGUGCUUUUAAUCACCUCUAGCAAUAUUGUGAAACAUUCAGUGGUGAUGACAUUGAGAAACACUGUAAUAUAAAUAAAAAAUCCAUCACCUUAUGUUUAACUGUUAUAACCAGAUUUAUUUAUUUAUAUUAUACUAGUAAAAUUGCAGUACAGCUUUUUGUUAAAAUCAAAUAGAGCUUGUGUUAAAACAAUUUCCAUAGCUCAAUUUGGGGAAUACAAAAAGUCGUAUGAAUUAGGUUAUUAUAACCUUUAGAAUGUUUUUAAAACUAACGUAUAUAUACUUUGAUCCACAUUAUACAAAUCAUAUGUACUUUAAUAUUUGAAAAAAGUGUAUUAUUACAAUUUCUGAGUCAAUUCAAGAGUAAUUCAAUAUUUUAAUAAAAAAAUGUACUUCAGUUUACUAUUAUGAUUUUGUACAUAUUUUCCUAGUUAUGGUUAUUUUGAUUUAAUAAAAAACACAUACCAA